AUUGGGUUGGUGUUCAUUCAUCUUUUGCACAAGUUGAAUAUUGAAAUAAUAUCGCUUUUCAAUGUAGUGAACAGCUUUAAUAUCAAUAUUUAUAAAAUGGAAGAUGAAAUCAAUGAAUGCAUUCGUAAAAAGAUACAGUGGACUCAAUUACCAGGAAAUGUAAAGAAGUUAUUCAAUGAUUCUGCAAAGGAAUAUGAAAGGUGUAUAUUAGACUUCAGUAUUAAAAAUCAACUGAGAUUCAGGGGGAGCUUAGUGCGCUCAGUUCGAAAAGAUGAAAGGAAAUACUAUGAGAUGCUUGUACAGAGCAGUAUACAGAGGCUUAUGCUCUACCCAUAUCACUUAGCUGAUAUGAUAGUCAAAGGUCUUAGAAUUACUCCAUUCAUUUACUACAUAGAAGUAGUUGCAUUACUUAUAGAAACUGAGAAAAGUUAUGACACUAUGCCCAAUUUCACUGCUGCUGAUUGUCUUCGUCUAUUAGGCAUAGGUCGUAAUGAGUACUUAGAGCUAGUAGCAAAGGCUAGGUCUCUGGGUCGCCGGGGAAAGUCCAAGGCCAUCCGUGGUCUGUUACCUCGAGUGCCUCUCAAUAUACCCAUGCAACCCUGGUGGAGAGUGGAGCUCGGAUAUGUCCUCGAAGAAGAUGUUAAACCUCUUAGUGAGAGUGAGAAGUUACUUAUAGAUCUGCUAAUUGACCGAGGUUCUCAAACGGCCGGCACGCUCGACUACAGCCUCGUUAAAAGCCUAUACAGAAGAGGUCUCGUCUACUUAGACGUACCCAUAACGGGGGCCGACAAAGUGUCCGUGCCUCCGUUGAAAGGGUUCGUGAUGAAUCGCAUAGCGGGGGAUUAUUUUGAGACGCUUCUCUAUAAGGUGUUCGUGUCUAUUGACGAGCACACGAGCGUAGCCGAACUGGCCUCAGUGUUGCAGGUGGACGCGUCUCUGGUGAAGCAAGCGGUGUCCCUGUACUGCCGCCUGGGCUUCGCCGAGCACCUGCAGCCUCCCCCCGUCAACCCUCACCACGUCUCUUGGACUCACGCGAUCACCACGCACCAGCAUCGUCCAUAUCGCCAAAUCACCCCACUAUCGUUUGACUCGAGCUUAGACGAAGACGCCUUGCAAAUGGAGCCGGUCCUCAUCAAGGAUAUGCCUUCGACCUCCAAGCAGGUACCCCACGUACCCAUGGAGCCGACGACUACCAGCGGCGGACAGAGAGUGGCUGUCUUAUUCGAUUCGACGCUCGCCGCUUACCUCAUGAUGGGAAACUUGUCUCCGGAUCUCAAGAGUCACGCGGUCACAUUAUUCGAAGUCGGUAAACUGUGCGACGAAAGUCUGGACAGUCUGCUCACGGAGCUGGAUAAGGUCGUCGCGGAUCCGGAGAUCGAGGGUGAAGCGCGGCGCUACCUCGCGGCGGCCGCGUGCCUCCGGAUGGCGCUGAGGACGCUGCGGCCCAAACUCCGUCCGUUGGACUUGCUGCGAUGUGAAGCGCUGCACGCGCUCGACGCUCCAGCGAGAGCGAGGCUGCUCGCUACUAAAUACAGACUGGCGAUAUCGACGGCGCCCUUGAGCCGCGAGGCUAGAGCGGGCUCGGCUGCGUGUUCCUUGGCGCACGUGGGACCCGCGCCACCAGAAGCCUCUUCUCCCUGGAUGAGGCUCUACUUGUAUCACGUGGCGGGCUACGGACCCCCUACGCUGCUGCUAACUAAGGGAACGGUUCUCCGCGGAGUGCCCAGAUGUCUCCUCGGCUUCUCACGGCUGGCCGUGUCUUGGUGGACGGCGGAAUCCGAGGCCGCCGCCCUGCCGGCCGCCGCCGCCCUGGCGGCGGCCAACUCGGCGCUGCGCCGGGGCCCUGUGCUGCUGCAGGCGGCUGGAGUCAGGGCCCCGCCGCACGUGGCGCAUCUGGCCUUCCCACCGGCUUCCGUGGAUGACACUGAAGAUCAUCAAUGUCUAUGGCGUAAGCACGGUGGGCUAAGGCGCCUCAUGCGAAGAUUGCGUCUCACGCGCACUGCGGGCUACGUGACGCUGGCCGAUAUCGGAGUGCCUGACCUCGGCUGUGCAAGACCUCCCUCAACUGUGCAACUUAUUCAAAGUCGAAAGAAAAAGGAUAUAUGCGGCAUGGCCAAACCCGUCAGCGAGCUAUCUCUGUCCUCUAACGAAUCCUGCGAUAAGACCACGGAGUUCAAAGCCAUAAACGGUAGACUACGGUCGCCCAUAGAAUCCCACUUUGCUGUCACGCCGACCACUGACAGCAAAACCGGCUCCCCCGCCAACGGUUUCACGAGCGCCGAAGGCGGGAAAUUAUUGUGUGAAGAGCUGGACAGCCUAAACGUGGAGACCCACAGAAGCAAAGAGUCCAUCGCGGGCAGCGAUGAUUUCGUACCCAUACAUUCCACUUCGACCAGCGUAGAAGAUUUGAAGCAUUCCAUAAUGUCGAUCAGCAAAGAGUCCAUUACGGACGAUCUGGUUCCGAUACGAUCUGGAACGCCCGGUGUCGAGAAUCUGAAGUUCGACAAAAAAGAAGAAAAGUCGACCGACCGGUCGGUCGAUCUGUUGAGUCCGGCGGAGGAGUCGGUGUCCAUGUUCACUCAGUUGAGCAACAAGUUGACGGAGAUAAGCGGAGAGGGCGACAGCGGCGUGGAUACAGCCCACAAUUAUUCCGACGACGAGACUUGUAAACCCGAGCGAUGGACCAUUCUAGAUCUUCAGUUCGGCAUACCUCUGUUCGAUGAAGCGUUGUGUGAAAAGGUCUGUCGGAGCAUUGUAGACCGGAUAGCGAGACCGGAAUUAUUAGAGAAAAUAAAAGAAGACAAUGAAUUUAUAAGAGGCGACUUACUAAAAUUUGUGUCUCAGUGUCAGUAUUAUCCCGGUGAAGAUAUGGGCAUAGUGAAGAGAGGGACCUUGGUUCCUUUGCCGAGGAAAAACCUAGUUUUUGAAAACGGCCGAAUCAGCGAAUGGAGUGGAAAGUGACACGUUCGCGUAAUUUUAGAGAAUGUGAUAUAGUUAUAGUGAAUGACCAUUUAAAGUAGCACUAUGUGGUCGAGAUUCAGUGCGGCAGUUCUAGUUCUUCACGCUUCCAGUUUCUUCAGUUACAGUAAUUUAAAUUAUUUUCUAUACUA